AUGGAGCCUGUCUAUAGCGACGAAGAGACAGAUGAUCUCAAAUCUAAAGCUUCUAAUCCCAUGGCAAGGCCAGCCAAUGAAUUUCAGCUCAUCAAAUUCAAAGAACUUAUUCUAAUUAGGGCAAAUCUCGUUAUAAAACAAAAAAUUUAUAUUAACUGGCUUUGCCAGCACCAAUAUCAUAUUUUAUAUAAAAAAGUAUAUUACACUUUAUAAAGAAAAACUCAACGAAAUCCAAAAAAUCAAAUCAGAAGAACCUUGUCAUCCUAGAGCUAUGGCAACUGAAUACCAGGGCUUUGAAAAAGCAAUAGGCAUCUUGGAAAUGGUGAAUACAAGCAACAGCGAUUUAAACAAAGUCUAUACAGUCUUCACUUACUUAAUCUCAGAAAUCAGGCUUGCAAGGGAAUAUAUUGACACAAAUGUAAUUCCUGCUUUAAACUUCUACGGAGAAGGCACUCCACAAGACCAAGAGCUUGAAGAAGGUGACGCUGAGCUCAUGAUUGGAAAAAUUAUAGGGUUUUUAGGGGAAACCUUUGAGAAUUUGUCAUAUCUGAACAGUUUGGUUAUUAACAUGGUGCAUCAGCUGCAUUGCCUUUUUAAUAAAAAACAAGCUAAAAGUCAUGAUAUGUAUACAAAGCUAUUUAAGUAUGUAUCCUAUAUAAAAUAGCACAUUUUUAGGCUAUAGUAUAUAAAGCUACUAAUUUUUCUAAAUUAAAGUGCUUGCUUUUAAAGAAAAAUAAAUGGUAAUAUUUAUAAAUAUAUACACCCUAUGUGUGCUUUUGACGCUUUAGGCAUGAUUUUAGGAGCUUUAGCUUCUAUUGAUGCUGUGGUCGCUGAUAAUGAAAAUUUAACUAACCAUUGGGAACUUUAUAAAAGGAUGAUGCAAUUUGUGAAAUCAGCUCCUUCGAAAUACAAUAUUAAUGAAAGGCAAGAAAAACAGCUGAGAAAAUGCUGCUUGCAGCUGGAUAGAACCAUUCUUGGAGCAAGCUGCUUACAAGUCUGCUUAACCCAAAAAGCAUUUGAGCCUGGCAUUUCAAGCAAUAAAGAGCUGCAAGCUGAAUUCCAGCAAUACUUCAGAAUAAAACUUGAUAAAAUCUACAAUACCAUCGAUACUCAAUUCGAGUGGCAAGAAUCUAAACAGGUCGUUGACGUCCUAUGUCUCUAUUUCUUAUACAGAAGACUCUACCCUAAAGAUUUUGAUAAAAAAUUAUUCAAAGCUUUUUGGAGCCUCCAAAAAAAGGCUCCAGCAGUCAGUAUCACUGGACUUGUCCUAAUCUAUCCAAGUGAACUAUUAAUGAAGCACUCUCCACCUCCAAAAAGUAUAACCCUAGAGCCUAAAGAUCCAGACGCUUAUAUUUCUCAAUUUAUUCAAAAAUCUGAUGAGCAGCUUAGCAAUUAUGUCCAGUUUUGGCAUACAAAAUUUUCCUUAUGGUCUUCUCGUAUGCAGAGCUUUUUGAAUACUUCGUCAUCAAUAUCAGGGUCCCAAGAACAAUUACAGUCCUCACAAGGAAAAUUAUUAUUACAAGGGCUAAUAUUAGCUUAUCAGAUUCAAAAUUACGUCCAAACUAAUACAGCGCUGCAUGAACACCAUGGAGUUCCUUUUUCAGCUAAUUUUAUUCCAUUAAUAAUGGAAGCCAUAGAGCUUAUAAAAGCCAUUUCAUCAACUUUAGAAAGAAAACAAGAAAUUAUUGCCUUGAACCUUGGAGGGAUUAUGAAACUUAUUAUUGAUGAAGGGAUAAGACCAUUUGAUACCAUUAGAGAAAAAAAUUAUGGGAAAAAAGGGGAAACGGCGACGGAUUUAAUGAAUGUUUAUAGAUUGGUCCAAGAUUUGGCCAAAGGGUGCAUGAAUGCUACAAGAAUUGAUAUUUUGAGGUUUUCUAAUGAGAUUUUAGAUAUGAAAAGUGAGCUUAGAGAUAAUGAUAGGAGCAUUGUAAAUGACUGCAUUUGGAGACUUGGGAUUUUAGCUGAUUAUCAAGAUAACUUGAAACGGUCGACGGACUGUUCAUUUGUGUAUUGGAUUCAGGAAUUAAAUACCCAUUUCUUAAGCUUUAUAUAUGCAGAGCCUGCAAAUGUACAUAGGUUGAAGUACUUGUACAUGGCUUUAGAAGACUCUGCUUAUCAGCUGCUAGCAAGCAAACAUAUGGAAGAUCCGAAGUCUCUAAAGGACAAUUAUUUGAAGGAUAGAGAAGACGAGCUGGUGAAUCAGGUGAUUAUGCCACUAGCAAGGGCUAUUGAGAGUGAUUUACGUUUGCAGAUCCAUUCAUUAUAUAUAAGUGGGAUUGAGAAACAAAAUCCUCUAGAAUCAAGCAAUCUUUCAUGGUUCCUUGAAAGCCAGCCUUUGCAAUUUUGUGAAAAAAUCAUUGAUAUUAAGAAAAGAAUUGAAGGGUACCUUGAUGAAACUUUCUACAACAUGACUGCAUUAAACCUUAACGACUGAAGAGUUUACGAAGAAAUGAGAUCUCUUGCUAACUCCCCCCCCCCCUCCGUGAGCGAACAAAAAAAAAUUUUGUUCGCUCACGGAGGGGGGUUAAUUUUUUUUUUUUUAAAAAAAAUUUAUAUAUAAAUUUUAUAAAAAAUAUUUUUUUCGAAAUUUAAAAAAAUCCUAAUUUGCAAAAAUUGGGAAGCAAAUAUUAAUUUAAUUUGCAAAAUUUAUGUUUUAAAACGCAAUUCGUUUAAAAUUAAACAGAAUUAGCUCUAGAUUUCAUUAUACUAAUUAUCACUUAUAUAUCAAAAUUUUUUUUCCAUUAAAAUUUUUUUCUAUUAAAAAAAUUUUUGUUCACUCACGGAGGGUGGGUUUUUGGUCAAAAAAUGGCGAUUUUUCUAAUGGUUUUGUUCGCUCACGGAGGGGGGGGGGGGGAGUAAGCAAAAGUACAAUAUGGUCUUAAGCGAGGUCCAUUUACCAAGCAAACAUCUAGACCAAGGUAUGGAUUUAUUGGAAAUCACUAGAAAGCUCCCAAGCUUUGUGAACGGUUUUAAAUACAACCUUCACAACCAAUUUUUCAUGGAAGCUACAUCAGGAGAUGAUAAGCAUGUAAGAUGUGUGUCUUUUAUGCAUAUAACAAAUUCAUUAAAAACUCAUGGGCUUGGCUUAAUUAACAGCACAAUAAACACCACUUACAAGCUCCUCGCUAAAAAAUUCCAAGUUUUCUCACAAUUUCUAUUUGAUGACCACAUUUUUUCACAAUUAGUCAAAGAUAAAAAAUUCUUUGAAGCAAACCGAGACCAAUUGAACCAAUUGAUGCCAUAUGAUAGACCAGAAACUUUCUUAAAAGAAAUCAAAAGACUUGGGACUUUUGAAGGUGGAGCUACUUAUAUUGAUAAAUUUAGACAGCUAAUUACCCAGAUUGGAAAUACACUUGGGCUGAUUCGUAUGAUAAAAACUGCAGGCUUAAAUUUGACAGCCACUAAAACUCAAUUUAUUCCAAAUCGAUUUCUGAUUUUUUAAAAAAUUAUUAUUAAUAUUAAUUUUUAUUUUUUUUUAAUUUAAAACUCCAAAUACCCAAGAAAUUCCUGAAUUCACAGAGCUGGCAAAAGAAUAUUCUCCAUCCACUGAUAUCUCUACCAAGGUUCUAGAUAGCAUCAUUGCUUCAUUAACCAAAAAUUUCACUGAAGAUACCGAAUAUUUCAGCAUUCUCGUCAAAACUUUCCAAGGUGUCCUAAAUAACAGUGAAGCCAAGCAUCUAAAAUAUUUUUACCUAAUAAUUCCAGCCCUCACAAUUAGCUUUAUAGAAAAUAUUUUAGUAGCUAAAGACAAGCUUACGAAGAAAAAAGCAGACGACAUGUACUUUACUGUAAAUUUUAUAUAGGAUGAUGGCUUUGCUGUAGGCUUAGCUUAUAUUUUAAGAAUUUUGGAACAAGAAAACGACUUUGACUCUUUACAUUGGUUUGAAAGCGUUGAACAAAAGUUUGAACAGGAAGAAGAAAGGCUAAAUAAUAUCAAAAACCAAGAAGAAGUCAUGAAAAUGCAACAAAUUUCUCUCAGAAAAAUCAUAGUGUUUAGGCAGGAGUUCGAGCUAUUGAAGUAUUGCUUCUUAGGUGCAAGAAUAUUCUUUAGUCAAGCCUAA